AUGUCGAACGCGUACCAGUCGAUGACGACGCCCAACGACCAAAAGAAUUACGUCAACGACGUCGGCCAAGUCGAGUGGGGCGCGAUCCCGCUCAACGCUGCCUUGGACAAACUCAAGACGACCCGCGAAGGGCUCAGCACGGGCGAAGCCGAGAAGCGCAUUGAAGAGCACGGCCCGAACAAGUUGCCGGAAACCAAAGUCAACAAGCUCAUGGUUUUCCUUGGCUUCAUGUGGAACCCGUUGUCGUGGGCGAUGGAAGUCGCCGCCGUUUUGUCGAUCGUUCUGCUCGAUUACCCGGACUUCGCCUUGAUUGUCGCACUCUUGUUGCUCAAUGCGUGCAUUGGGUACUUUGAAGAGAUCCAAGCCGGCGAUGCCGUCGCGGCCCUCAUGGGUCAAUUGGCUCCCGAAGCCAAAGUCUUCCGCGACGGCGCCAUGACGCCGUGA